CCGACACCCAACCCACCUCACCCAGGCCGACGCACUCGGCGGCUCCGCGCGCUCCCACUCCCAAAACCCUCCUUCACUCCAGUCUCUAGGCCGUCCCACCACCACCGCACCGGCACCGAACAGCCCCACCCCCGCCCGCAGCAGAAUGCUCCGCCGCCUACCCGUUGCCGUGGCCGUCGCGGCCGCGGGCCUCCGCCGCUCCCUCUGCACGGCGCGCUCCCGCUCGCGCCCGCCGUGGGCCCUGAUCCAGCGCGCGUCGGUCGACGAGUCCGGGGCGCCGGCGCCGGCCGUGUCCUUCCGCGCCGGCGAAGCCCCGUCCGUCGCCGGCCUCACCUUCCCCGCCCACCUCGUCCACCCGCGCCGCCCCGGGGCCGGCGACGGCGGGUUCGUCUCGGGUCAGGUCGCCGCCGCCAGCGGCGACGGCCUCCUCCUCGUGCGCUUCUGCCACGCCCGCCUCGACGCCCACGCCCUCGUCUGCAACCUCUCCUGGGCCGGCACGGACGCGGACCCGGAGGUGGUCCGCUUCGUCUGCAACCCGCUCACCGGCGAGCUCUACCGCCUCCCGGACCUCGACGGCACCAAGAGGACCUCCGCCUGCCGCCACCUCGGCCUCCUCACCCAGUCCCAGGCCGGCGACGGGCCGCCUGAGAGGUACGCGGUGGCCGAGAUGUUUACUGAUGACGGAGGCCCGGAGGAGGAGGGGGACGGGGGCUUCGUCAUGCGCCGGUUUCUCUCGGAGACGGGGAAGUGGGACAAGGUGGCGGGCUUGCCGUCCCCGCUGCCCGCUGGGCGGAAGAUGGACAUCGACAACGCCGUGGUGGCCUUCGGCGACCGCCUGUGGUGGAUCGACGAGAGCUGGGGUGCCAUCUCGGUCGACCCCCUCAGCGACCGUCCGGAGCUCCGCUUCGUCGAGCUGCCGAGAGGCAGCGUGCUCCCUCACCUGGACGGCAUGGCGUCGACGAGGACAUCGGGCAGCCACCGGCGCAUGGGGGUCAGCGAGGGGAAGAUGCGCUACGUCGAGGUGUCCAAGGAGAAGCCAUAUGUGAUCAGCUUGUUCUCGCUGGACGACGGGGGCAGCUCCUGGACGCUGGACCAUGAGACGGCGUUUGCUCCGAUUUGGGAUGAUGCACUCCUCUGUUCGGCACCCUUGGAGCAAAUGCUGGCAAUUGGCGCCAUCAACCCACUGAAAGCCAACAUCGUGUACCUUGCCUGCGGCGACAAAAUUCUUGGCGUCGAUGUGGUUACUAAGAAGAUAACUGGGAUUUCUGGUCUAGCUAUAGCAGUACCAGAUCAUCCCCUACUACCAUGUGUGCUUCCAACCUGGCUGGAAUCAAGCCAAAUUCCAUCUGCAGGUUGGAGCAAGAAAAACACCCUUAAAAGUGAGGUAUCGCCAAACACUGUCAAAAGGGAGAAUUUGCAUGUCGAAAUAGAACUGUUGAAAUGAAGUGCACCAGCUAAUCUUUCUUGUGGUUACUCAAAAAUGUCAAAUCAGAGUUAUUUUGGAGGAUUAGGAAGCUAAUGGUGGUACUUUCCUGAAAUCUCAUUUUUGGGGGGAUUCCUUGAGAAGUUUGGGUAUAUUAGGAUUUGCUGAUGCACUUCCUCAGUCACAGUUUGGGCAAAAGUGGCGGGAAGCUUACCGUAUUUUGGAUUUACUUGUGCGCUGUUGAAUUCAGUAGAAUGGUUGAUUCCUUAGUCAAUUCAGCAUGUAAAAAACGAUAGCAUGACGCAACGUUAUGCCCUCUUAACUUCGAAUGAAUUAAUAUCUUUUGGAAGUUAGAAUUCUGGAUCAUUAUGCCUAGACCGAUCUGCAAUCUGAAAUCUUGUGUUAACCUGAGAAUGCUUACUUUGAAGUUUGAACCGAAUGAAUGGCGGGCUUGUAAGCUUAAACCAAUGUGCUCUGGCAUUGUUAUGGAAUGAUUGGAAUCUGGGGAUAAGCUUCAUCCUGGACAUUGGCAUG